CAAUUUUACUCUUUACAGGGUUGGUUUCCACAGAGAACCACCACGUUUAUUUUGUUGAUGAGCAGACUCUUUCAUGAGCAUUUCGUACUUUGGUGAAGAUACUAAAGGAUAUGCAUGUGCUGUGCCGUUGAAUUCUGUUCAUGGGAUGAAGCUCAGAUAUUCUCAAUGAUGGUGGUAAACUAAAAUUGAGAUGCAGCUAUGCGGUAACUGUGGCACAAAGACAACAUCUCCUUUAACAGGAAAGCUAUUUAGCAGUCCCCCUUGGGGAGGACCUGGGACUUGAAUGGAAUUGUUGACCAGUUUGAGGGGGCACUCAUCCAUUUGGUUGAAGGAUUUUCUAUUCUGCUAAUUGGACCAAGAUUUCCGUGUAAGCUUCUUCCACAUUGCUUGGUUAUGUUCCAUGGAGGAACCGCCAUGUUUGUUUAAUAUACAAGCAUUACUUUGGCAGCCUCUCCUGAGAAAACUUGGAAUCUUUGGCAGGUUGACUAAUUUGAAGUGCACUGUGCUCUGAAUUUUGUUGAAGGACAAAAUCUUCGGCUAUAGACUCAUUACUGGACUCUUUCAUGAUUAUUUGAUCAAAUUUUACUAGAACUGCAAAACAUAACUAUCCGCAUUCAAGCCUCGGCCAUUGGGUACUGAACAACCUUUCUUGGAAACAAAUAGCAAGGUCUACAUACAAGAAACAUCAAAAUACUAAAAGCAUAUAGGGUACUGUGGUGAAGAUAAUAAAGGGUAUCCACGGACGGUGCCAUUGAAUUUUGUUCAUGAGCUAUUCAUGAGAUGAAGCUAGGAGGUUGCUGUGAUACAAAGACAAAUGUUGUCCACUGCUAGCUUCAUCUUGCUUUCAUGCCAGCCAAUACUUAAAAUUGUGUGGAAGGAUGCGUUUCUAGCAGUCUUCCUUGGAUAGGAAAGUGAAGUAUUUGAUCAGCAUGACAUUGUCUAAUCAUGAUUGUAAAAAUGUGACCCUCUGGCAUGUGAAUGGGACAUAUUCUAUGGUACAAAGGUGCCAUCAUUAUCGACUGAUUGGUGAAACAGAAGAGGUAAUUAAGCCAUUUCACAUUCUCGGGCUCUCAACGGACCAUUGGUGACAGAGUUACCGUACCUAUGUUGGUGGGAGGUACCAGGUACCUAGUGGAGUAAUCGAGAUGCGCAAGCUGACACAAACACUACCGUUAUAAAUAAUAAUUAAAAAAAAAAAAAAAAAAAAACUAAGCAAUUUCACAGAAGCUGCUUACUUGAUACUUUUAGAUGCAAGACAUAUUCAUUUUGGACCGAAAUGUGUCUUCUAUUGAUAGUAGAGCCAUCUCAAUUUUCUGUUGACGGUCUUUAACAAUAUUUAUUUUACCUAUUUAAUUUUCUGGGGACAGAUUGGAACAUUUUGCACAGUGGUGCUUUUGGAGACUGUGAUUGCUCAAAGCUGGAAAAUUCAAGGCAAGUUAGUUUUUGUCCAUAGAAAGAUUGCAAAUGGAUAAUUUCUCUGUUCAUUAAAACUUUCGCAAUUGAAGGACUUCAACAAAGAAAGUUACAAAAGACUGUUGUGUCUUGGGUCUUGGCUGUUGUGUCUUGGCUCUCAAAAUGUCCUUAGCAAUACAUGCUCAUCUUUCUAGGUCUUAUUCUUCCUAGUGAUACGGACAUGGCUUCACUCGAGUUCGGGACUGUGAAGAGCCGUGUAAAGUUCUACGGGAAUUUAACUAAUAACCAAAAGAAGAAGAUCAGAAAAAAGCCCAAAGAAGAAGCUCAAGUUUUUGCCAACGUUAAUAGAUUGUCUAGCGCUGAUGCUGCAACAGCCAGUGGGAAAGAACACGUGGCUCCUACGAGAGGAAGCGGUUCUAGAAGGAGGAAGACAUUGGAGCCUGUUGACCUAAAGUGCAAAUUGGUUGAUUUUGGGAAUGCGUGUUGGACAUACAAACAGUUCACGGAUAAUAUUCAGACGAGGCAGUAUAGGUGCCCUGAAGUUAUCGUUGGGUCUAAAUAUCCAACCUCAGCAGAUCUUUGGUCCUUUGCUUGCAUUUGCUUUGAGCUUGCGACUGGUGAUGCGUUGUUUGAUCCUCACAGUGGUGACAACUUCGACAGAGAUGAGGAUCACCUAGCACUAAUGAUGGAACUUCUAGGAACAAUGCCCCGGAAAAUCUCCUUAGGUGGCCGUUAUUCACGUGAGUUCUUCAAUAGACACGGUGACUUGAGGCACAUCAAAAGGUUACGCUUUUGGCCCUUAGAUAAUGUCCUUGUAGAGAAAUACGAAUUCAGCGAGCAAGAUGCAAAGGACAUGGCUGAUUUCCUCAUCCCAAUACUUGAUUUUGACCCGGAGAAACGGCCAAAUGCAGCUCAAUGCCUUCUUCAUCCGUGGAUCAAUGCAGGUCCCAACAGUUUGGAACCUCGCGUGCGUCAUGCACAGUCUAAAGCCGCUGAUACUGUAAACUCUGAGCAAAUGAAGAGAGACAAGGAAAAGAAAGAGGCUAUGGAGGUUGGAAUGGGGAAUAUGGCUAUUAACUAGGACUAUAAAAUUGUCAAAGUUCUUAGUCAAAUUGUGAUAUUUCCAAAAGGAGCUUUAACCAAUUCAUCUCACUAAGAAAUCUCUGCCUAUAUAGUAGUAUAGCACUGGUAUACUCUUAUGUUGUGUCAUAAGUCAUUAAGCCAUGUACAGUUCGAGGCAUUAUGGCACCAUAUAUUACCUGAAACUCUUGGCAAGUUCGUGUAAAUUCCAUUACUUCUUUAAUAUAUGAUUAUUGUGCUUUUAAAA